CAUGAGGCAGGCAUACCUCCAGAACGGGGGCAAUGACCCUGAUGUGCUUGCACAGAUGGCACAGAUGCAGGCCGAGGCUCAGAGUAUAGAGGACGGCAUGAAGCAGGUUCCAGACAGAAAAGAGAAGAAGGACCACCUUGGCCAGCUACAGAUGCUGGAGAUGGAAAACGAGAGGCUACACAAGGAACUCCUGCUGCUCCAGGAACAGAACUUUAUGAACAGGAAGAAGUCGGACAGAGAAGAUGAACUUGAGGCCCAGCUACGUCGGCUCCAGGAGGAACAGCUGAGGAAGAUGUUACAGCUUCAAAAUGAGAUUGAGUUGCUGAAACAGCAAAACUUACUCAAACAGACAGCCAGACUCCCUCCUCCCGCACCGAACAAUGCAGACAUGCCGUGGAUGAUGCAGCGCCCAUACGUGGAUGUGGAACCCAUGCAGCCUUAUGACCAAUAUGCAGGUUUUGUGAUAUUCUACGAUUUUGUACUGAACCUUGAGCCGAGUGUGUCGGCAUGUCGACUCAUUGUGGGUCUACACAGCACCUCCCAGGCCAUGGGUGAGCCGACCGUCCUGCCCACUGUUUACUGUGAGCCGGCCACCAGAGCCACCUACAUGCAAAAUGUAUCCAACGCUGUGAUUGGGGCUCGUCAGCCUGUUCCAAAAUGCCCUCCUAGCUCAGACCUGGGUAUAGUUGUGGAGUUACAGCUGUCAGGAGGACCAGCCUCCGACUAUGACCGACAUAGCCUCAUCACCCGAGCAUGGGUCAAAAUCCCCAUAUUUGACAAUGAGCAGAGACUUAUGGCUGGGAAAUUCCGUAUACCAUUCCGGAAUGUUCCCAUCAAGCCAUUCUUUCAUGCUAGUCAGUUACAGACCCUCCAAAAGUAUGGAGACUGUGAGUUAUACUACCGCCUGGUCAACAUGAGAGACAUGGAGAUCCAGUCAAUGAACCAGAUAUCGGCCAACAACCAAAACCAGUACCGAGCACCAAAUAUUCCUCUACCACCCCCGAAUCAUAAACCCUUUUCACCACAAAUUCUCCCUCCUCCCCCCUCCGCCUCUAUCCCAGGGUCAGCAGGAGAGGGCAUUCGCUACAGCAGCCGCCAGGGACAGCGCUUACCUACUAUACGCAACGCCCCCCUCCAACCACAGGAUACAACAAUCGGAUUCCAGGUUGACCGCGUCAAGCACGCCGAACAGGGGGAGGGGAAAAUGAGAUUGACUGCUUAUUAUGCUUCUACUGGAAAGGUUGUACAAUCCUCUGCUGGACCUGUCACAUGUAGUACUACUGCUGUCAGGUCUAACUUCAAACAUGGCUACCAUGUCUUCGGCCAACAAGAAGCCACUUUUAGUGAUAUUGAGAUGCAGGGAGACAUGGUACUCAUCGCACGCUUCUAUUUACGCAAACGACAACAAGAUGACAUAGACGACUAUUUGAUACAAGAUAACGCUCAGGAGGUGACACUUUAUGACGACGAGACUCUGGUAGCUUGGGGAGCAAUCCCCAUUGUGCUCUCCAGUGACCCGCAGAUCACCUCUAGAUCUAGAAGAAACUUUAACCCAAGCACAAUGAACAUUAACACAGGGACCCACACUAUGAAGCUGUUCUAUCCACCCGUGGUUGAGGCUGGGCAGAUACCAUUUGAGGACAUCCCAACCAACAGGGACUGGAAUCGCUAUGGAAAGAGUACUCUCAGGAUACACAUGUUCCAGGGGGAGCCACGGCCCGGCUCUCUCACCCCCAGCGAGAACUCGGACGAUGGAGAGGAUGUUUUGCCCGAAUACACCUGGCUGCCUUUGGAGAGAAAGGCCCCUCCUAAGGACCCCUUCCUUAAAGGUGACGGAUUUGAUGUGUACAUAGAUAGUGGCAGGUACUUCCCAGACUCGGUCAGUUUCACCAAGGUUGCUGGUCGACUGCUGGACAGGAAAUAUGACGUACAUGGCCGUGAUAUAAAUACAACAGUCAAACUAGACAGUGAUAUCCACAGUCCUGUGUAUGAGGACAAGACAGAGUUUAGGGAGAGCAACAUCCCUCCGUCAUCUACUCUACUGCUCAAGAUCUACACUGUGGACAACUUCUACAAGGGUCUAACUGUAGUGGGCUACUGUACACUAAACAUCUUUGUGGAGUCGGGGACAGAGAGACAGCCCGCCAUAGACAAACCUGGACUACAGGUUUCUCUGAAUGAGGGAGCUCACCAGUUACGUCUGUACAGUCAGGGACCCAAUGGCGUUGACCCGCUCACAGAGUCCUGCCUGAGGGAUGCUGGCAUUAGGGUUGUCCCGUGUGCAUCGCUGCUCGUCAGGAUCACCAGGGUUCCUAAGGGACCUGGUGGCCAUGCCCUUGAGGCCAGCAAGGUGCCACAGGCAGACUGGCUGCGACUUGGUCUGUGGCAGCCCCGCCCCAAGUACACGGACCGUAUCUACUACUCUAGUAAGUGUAUGCCUUCCAAGGGGGAGAGUAAGCUGUUCCACUCGAUGAUGCGCCGGCCUCCCAUGUCCAACAGGGACGCUGUGGCAAGAAUGGCUCAGGCAAAGGAGAGCUUCUUCAGGAGUGACAAAAACAUUGAAGAGUUCAUCAGGAACAAGCUUACUAAGUCAGUCGACCAGAAGCCACUUGAUCAGGACUUAAACUUCAUCGCCACAUACAGUCCUCGACAAGGCUUGAAGAUAACAGUUGACAGUGCUGCCAAUCUACCUUGGUCCAACUUUACCCAUGCCCACCUGUGCCUAAACCCUCCAGGAGCCUUCUACCUGGGAGCGCCUCAUGCAACAUAUGACAAGCUUACCUUCACUGAAAUGCUUGAUCUCAACAGUACCAACACCUCACCCUCUUGGAAAGAUGGUUUCAAGCACUUUCCCCGUCGAUCCUUCCACCGGUACCUGACCUACAUCAUUCAUCUACAGGAGGUGUCUGUCACUGUGGCCAGGGAAAACUACAAGUAUGGACUUAUAGAACAGGCAUGGACUGCUGUUCAGGCAUUCACAGACAGGUACGCCUACACCAGUAUAUUCCAGCUGCCCCUAUAUCAGGGCUCCCCAACACCUCAGAUGCUCAAACAGCUGGCCAGGGAGCCAUGCCAAGAGUGGAUGGAGCGCAACCUCCGCAGCAGGGCUAUCCACCUGGUGGACGGAGCGUCUGUGUUUGUCCGUCUCGCUGAUGCCAGAAGAGAUGAUGAGUUACCUGGGGAUGUUGCUACCAACAAACUGGUGGAGGUAAACACAGACUAUAUCCCCUCGGGUCUAGAAGAGGCAUACAACAAGGAGAAGCCAGGCAAGGUCCUUAGUUCUCUCGUCCCUGCGGGCAAGACUCCUGAAGGAUUUGUGGAUGGGCUGGCUCUUAAAUUCAAAAAUUUGGUGUACAAGCUGUAUGAAGAUAAUGGUCCGUGAUGUCUCUAUAGAUAAUGGUCUAUGAUGUCUCUAUAGAUAAUGUAAUGGUCCGUGA